AUGGACCUGAAGAACUUCUACCGAGAAGAUCAUGCCUUCUACAUGGUCAUAAUUGGCGAUUUCAACGCCAAGAAUGGCCCAAGAAGAACACCGGAGGAACUUCACAUCGAGACCCACGGCCUACAAUGGAAUGACCAGGAGGAGAGGCUCUCCGAGUUCAUCAUGACGACUAAGACCAUCCAUGGGAACUCGCAAUUCCAGAAGCCCUCCUCUCUACGCUGGACGUGGAAGUCAUACGGUGGAGGGUUCCGUAAUGAAAUAGACCACAUCAUCGUCAAUAAAAGGUUCUGCCUGACGGACGUCGCUGUUGUACCAAAGUUUAUACGGGAUCGGACCAUCGCCUCCUCCGAGGAAGAUUUUCCUUCACAAGGAGAGCAGAGAAAGCCGCCAAGUUCAGAGAGAGAAAUCCCAGGACUACCAUCAACUGGGAUCUCUUCGCUACGCUAA